UCCUUCUCACAUUCGAAUAUGCUAUUGUGCUACACUUCCAUAGCCAUCGCCAUGGACGCGUGCACACCAUUGCUGUGGACUCCACACCUUUCCUUCACCCUGAUCCUCCUCCCCAAAGGUUUCCUAUAAAUCCGCACCCCGGGUCCUCGCAACCUUCAUCCAAUCCAUCCUCGUCCCCGUUUCCAUCCCUGCGAAGCAUCAGGCUUUAAUUUUUCCGUCUCCGAGAAUCCAUCCCUAGCUAGCUCGACCCGGCCGGCCAUGGCGGCGCGGCUGCCCCUGGCGAUCCUGAUGCUGGCCCUGGCCGUCGCCGGGCGCGCGGCGGCGCAGGACUACGACUUCUUCUACCUCGUGCUGCAGUGGCCCGGGUCCUACUGCGACACCAAGCAGAGCUGCUGCUACCCCUCGUCCGGCAAGCCGGCGGCCGACUUCGGCAUCCACGGCCUCUGGCCCAACCGCGACGACGGCUCCUACCCGCAGAACUGCAACCCCGACGCCGCCUUCAACCCCUCCAAGGUGAGCGACCUGCUGAGCAGCCUGCGCGCCAAGUGGCCGACGCUGGCGUGCCCGACCAACGACGGGCUCCGCUUCUGGGGCCACGAGUGGGAGAAGCACGGCACCUGCGCCGCCGACGUCUUCGACGAGCACGGCUACUUCCAGGCGGCGCUCCGCCUCCGCGACCAGCUCGGCGUUCUCGGCGCGCUCACCGCCGGCGGCGUUAACCCCGACGGCGGCUACUACACGCUGGCCCAGAUCAAGGGCGCCAUCCGCGAGGGCACCGGCUUCGAGCCCUACGUCGAGUGCAACCGCGACGAGGCCGGCAACAGCCAGCUCUACCAGCUCUACUUCUGCGUCAGCGCCGCCGGCGACAGCCUCGUCGACUGCCCCGUCCUCCCCCGCGGCCGGCCCUGUGGCAGCAGGAUCGAGUUCCCGGCCUUCUAGUUCCCGACUGCUGCUGUUCCGUCCCAGGACCUCCUCUUGAUUGAUUGCAUUCUCUGCAGGAGGAUGGCGAUGGGAUGUCCAUUCCCCAAUUCAUGGUUAGCUACUUAGUUUUGAUUGAAUAAAAGAAGUGUUCAUGUGCCAAUUCAUGUAUUUGAUUUGAGCUGAUGCUAGAGAUCAAUUGAUAAGUUCAGGAAAAGCAUUUUUUUUCUUGGUA